AUGGACAAUGUAACAGACCUCGACGAAGUGGCUGCCAUAGUCAUGACACAAGCGGAAGGUUCACCUCCGAUUCGCGCACAUAUGAAGGGGCACGGAUGCGUGGCUGUUAGGCUCAUCGACACGGUUGUUAUCGCAACAUACUUCUCGCCGAAUAAAACUCUUCCUGAGUUUGAAGCGUUUUUGGGAGAAGUGGGCUCCCUGAUUGAAUGGGGUCGCCCAAACAAAAUCAUCGUUGCUGGAGAUCUGAAUGCUAAAUCUGUGGCUUGGGGUUCUUCAGCUUCAGAUGCCCGUGGAGAUGUCCUCGUGGAAUGGCUCGCGACUCAAAACCUGGUUUCACUCAAUCAAGGCUCCGAAAACACAUGUGUGCGCAUGCAGGGCGGCUCAGUGGUGGACGUGUCUUUCGCGAGCCCCUCUCUUGCCUGUCGUGUCCAAGGUUGGCGGGUCCUGUCGGAGGUCGAGACCUUAUCUGAUCAUAAAUAUAUCAGAUUCGAGGUUCUCCCUACGACAGGUACUACGAGGAAUACAAACCUCGAUACCUCCUCGACUAUCGAGACCAAUCCGAGGUGGUCCCUUAAGAGCCUGGAUGGACAUUUGUUGGAGCUAGCGUCCUUAAUCAGGGCGUGGUGUCCGAAGCCCGAUACCAUAAACGUGGAUGCCGAGUCGGAAUGGUUUGCCGAGACAAUGACGCAGAUCUCGGAUGCCGCGAUGUCAAGACUGAGAAAAUUUCUCCCACAGAAUAAAGUCGAUGGAACAUGCGCGGCUCCGAUCAGCCUGUGUGACCACCAGACGCCGAUAUACCAAAUAUAG